AACCUACAAAAAUUUGGCAAUGGUAGUUGCGUGUUUCUUGUGAUUGAAUAUUGCCCGUUUUAAAGAAAAUGUCGAGAAAAGCGCAUAAGUCCGCAUGGGUUGGUCGUGGUGGAAGACAACCGGACGACAAACACUAUUAUGGUCACGAUGUUCGUGUACAAAGAAACCACGAUGGCUUGUAUCACGGAAGUAGGCCUAAGGUUACAUUCAAGCAAACUUCUUCGAGACCGUUACGAAGAAGCUUACGGAUGGCAUGUUUGGACGACGACGUUCAAAUGGCAUCGAGUUCCAAUAACAAUAGCGGAGAUUUUAUCAUCAGUAGAAGGGAGUGGGGUGGUCAACGUGGAAGAGUCAGUCCACUGCCUAUGAGAGCAUUUAGAGGAGGAAAGAUUCCUUCUAAAAUUAGGCAAAUUAUCACUGGAGAAGCUACUUGUUAUAAAAUUGUUAUACCACAAGGGCAUAAAUUCGAAAAGGAUUACAUAAUAAAUAACCUUCUUAGCUAUAUCGCGCCAACUACUUUUAUUCCAAUAAUGUAUAGGAUAGGUGGUAACGAAUCCAGUUUCUAUAUAGACGAUCAAAGAGUAGCAUUAGAUCUAAGUAGGUCUAAUCACAAAAUUACAACCAUGUAUGGGUUUAAGUUACAUGUGAAUGUCAUGCAACCUGGAUAUCCAUACUGUGAAAUAGACAACAAACUGAAAGAAAGACUAAAACAAGCCAUGGCUAAAAGAUAUGUAAACGAGACAAAUGCAUUGGAUUUGUCCAAAUUCCAUCUAGACCCUGAUCUCGUCGCUGACUAUUUCUAUACACUGUCCCGACCUUUAAUGCUAAAAACAGUAUUGGACAUCGUGUCAGAUUGCAUACCGAAUUUGGAGGCGCUAAAUUUAGACGCAAAUAAAUUGCAGAUGCUUACAAAGCUAAAUAUUUUGAGUAAAAAGUUCCCGAAAUUAAAGAUACUUUACAUCGGUGAUAAUAAGAUAAAAGACAUUUACCAACUAGACAGUCUCAAAGAAUUACAACUGGAGGAGCUGAAGCUGACAGGAAAUCCCGUUUGCAACAAGUAUGAAUUCCGACAAAAUGACUACAUUAGCGACGUGAGGAAACGAUUUCCAAAACUCUUACGGCUGGAUGGUACGGAUCUUCCAAAACCUAUCAUAUUCGACGUAGCGGAUGAUGGAAACAAAAUGCCACCCCCUCAGAGGAUGUUCGUGACAAAUGCAAAAAUACAAGGAGUUGCUAGUCAAUUUCUGCAACAAUAUUUUCUCAUAUUCGAUAGUGAAAAUCGUCAACCAUUGUUAGAUGCGUAUGACGAACACGCGUGCUUUAGCAUGACUAUAUCUUACUCUCAAAACGCAAACAAAUUGAAUGGAUACUACUCGGAAAACAGAAAUUUGUACAGAAUAAACGAAUCGAACAAGAGGCAAAAGUUACUAAAACAGGGACGAUUGCCUGUAGUUUCGUUUAUUUCCGAAAUGCCACGAACUUCUCACUAUCUUAAUACGUUUACAAUGGAUAUCAGCCUAGUAACAGAUGGAAUGAUGUUGAUUACGGUCACGGGAUUGUUCAAAGAACUCGGUAAGAAAGAGCAACCUGUUCGAUUCUUUAAUCGAACGUUUAUAAUAGUACCCGAAGGAGGUGGUUACUGUAUUCGAAACGAGCAACUACAUCUCAAUAAUCCGACGGACUCGCAACUAAAGAAUCUAAACACCCAAUUGGAGACGCAAUUGUUGACGCCGCCAGCGCCCUCGCAAGCACCUUCGACCAGCAACGUCGUAGCAAAGCCAGCGGUACCAGUGCAAUUACCCGAAGAGGUCAAGCAACAAAUGACAUUGACGCUUAGCCAACAGACGAACAUGAAUCUCGAAUGGAGUCUGAAAUGUUUGGAGGAAGUGCAAUGGAAUUAUGACAACGCGCUCUCGGCGUUUCAAGAGUUCUUCAAACUGGGACAAAUACCACCGGAAGCAUUUAACAAAUAAAAGUACAAUGUGCCGAGGAAAGUAAGAUUCAACAAAGUUUCAUUCUUCUUAUCGUUAUUUUUAUUGUUGCAUGUUCUACGAUACACGGUGCUCUUAUAUCACGAUCUGAACGAAGACGUGAAUGAAUUGGAUGUCCGUGAAGGUACGUGACUUUUUUUUUCAUGUGGUAAAAUUAAGUCGAAUCGGUGUUUGGUUACUCGAGGUUUGUCACCAGCAACGCGUGUCUCCAAAAAGCAAAAAGAAGUUUGUUAGUAUAUCAAGUAAGAAAGAAGCGUUUAACGUUUAGUGCACGAAACGAGCUUCCUUUUGCUUUGAUCGAAUGAAAUAAUCGAAUGUUACAACAUCGAUGAGUUUCGAUGCACCAAGUAUGGAGAAUUCUGAUUAGUAACGAGAGCUUGAAAUUGCUAUAUGCCCUUAAUAAAAAUAGUUUGCUCGUGACAAAAACUUUCAUCGCGACUUUGUUGCGCGAAGUGCAAAAGUACAAAUUGCUCUUCGUUCAGAUCAUGAUGUAAACUCAAAUCAGGUUACACGUUAGUGGUAAUUUUUAAAAAAUUGAAGGUUAAGUGCAUUGUUUUCUCAUUUCCUUUUUCGUGUACGCCGAAAAAAUUUGGCUCGUUACAGUGUGUCAUUAUUCGAUACAAUAUCUUUUAAUAUUGGAUAGGUACAAGCGUACCCAUACUUCACAGUCAAACAUGAAAUGAUUACAAUACUUAAGAUACAACUAAUACUUAGUUACUGCCGGUUCAUUUACCCCCCCCCCCCUCACACUCACACACACACACACAUGCAUAGUGAUGUUUAUUAUUUUACCAUGAUUCAAGAGUUUCGAUCAACAAUUAUCAUUGAGUAAUCGUUAGAACGGUAUGAUUGUGUCGCGCAUUUGAUGAACGUAAAUUCCAAUUGUGAUACCUCUAGCAAAAUAAGCAUCAUUAUGUACUCAGUUCAAACUAGUUUACAUUAAAUUUUAUAAGGUUAGAAGGUGAUAAGAAUCAUAUAAUCGUGAGGUCGUAUUUUGCUCGAAUCGUAUUACGCUGGUUGAUCGUAAUUAUUAUAAAUAUAUUGCAUAGGCUGUUGAGUGUUUCAAUGGGUGUGCGAAAUGUUCGUCGUGUUACGAAAUUCCUUUCCAGCCGUAUCGAUUCGGUAUUCAGAUAAUAACGGAAAAAAAUAAAUUGGUUUGUAUAUAGAUUACGAAAAGAAACAAAUCAGCUGGCUUCUAAUAUAUAUACACCCGUUGGAACAUUGCGUUAGCUUUCCACGUUGAGCGAUUAUCGCGAACUGUAUACACGAAUCUACUGCUAUCAUUCGUCAUCGUUAACAUAAUUUUUGUCCAAGUAUGUUACAUCUGCGUAUGUCUAAAAAUCGCGUGUACAGUGUGUGGAUAUAAAUUAUUUAUCGGCGUUCGAGAAUCAUUUAGUAAACGCGUAUUAAACAAAACGAAUACAUUUUUGACCAUGGGUAUACCAGAAGAGAAACAGUUAGCCCUCGAUCACGCAAAGCGGUUCAACGCUUAAAGCGAUCGGUUAGCUUGUCACAGAAGUUCAUUGUGACACGAAGAGCAACGAACAACGGAAACGGCUGAGCAGUCCUGAUGAAUUAAAUCCAGGACUCUCGCCAACAACAAGAGAAACAAUAAUAAAGAAAUAAAAACAGAUGUGCGCUGGAGACAAACUACGCAAGUUUGUGAUCUCUCUCUCUCUCUCUUUCUCUCUCUCUUUCUUUCCCGUCGUAGCUGGUCGCAACGCUGACCAGUAUGCUACGACGAAUACGAUACAUCUAACUCUACCCCAGACGUCGAUACGAAGAACGAAACCCAACGAUUAGCAUCGCACAAAAUGAAAUUUGACGCUCGAGCUAUGCGCAUCAGUUACACUCCGAGUCCAUGGGCUGAUUCGUCGCGAUGCUUGUGUCAGUUGUACAGAAGCAACAAACGCGACGUCAGACGUGUGUCUCCCAGCAAAGACACGUAAUUACAACGAACGUGACUGAUCUAAAAUAUGUGGAAAAACGGGACUGUAGAAAAUGGAAGAAAGUCCUCGACGAUUACGACGCAAUUUAUUCGAUAAUUGUUCGCUAUUAUAUGCACGAUAGGCAUUUCGAUCGGAUGAAAACGAGAAUGAGAUUGAGAUAUCGAAAUCGAGAGAAUAGUUUAUGCUCACACUCUGUACAGAUUAUAUAGAAUUCCGACGACAAAGGUAUUUCUUGUCGGUACCGUCGACUUUUUGUAGGAAACGCUCGUCGCGUUGUAUUUCCAGCAUAUCAUCGAAUUAUUAUUUUUUUUUUUUUUUUCGUCAAGUUACCGUGUAAACGAUAUCGAUCGAUGGAAAACAAUUUUUUACUAUAUAUAUUCCGCGUAAAUAGCGUACUGUACUGUACUGUAAAACGGCCAAUCGUGAAUGUUUCGUAUAUUUUAGUUUUUUGUUGCGAGAAAAAAAAAAUGUGAAUGUUUUCCAUUAUUUCGUCGGUUCGAACGUUCGAGUAUAAUAGAUAUAUGUAAAUGCACAGACGACACAUGAUUAACGAGAAUAAAUAUUUGUAUACGUAAGUUUGAGUUUUUCGUAGGGAUCAUCGAGUGAAAUGUAAAUAAAAAAUAGAACUUUAUUAAAUA